CGUAAAAAAAACCAUGUUUGCUGGAAUCGUGAAGUUCGUUCUUCUUGCGUCUUGCGUUCAAGCUGGAAAUGCUUGCAAACACAACACGAUCGAUCAGCCGGUCUUUCGUGAAGAUUCUUCAAUGAUAAACAACGUCACACCGACAGAAUUGACUACCAAUCCUUGGUUAUCUUAUUACUACAAUAGCCAACAACAAGGCCGCUCUCCUGCAGGAAAUCGAGGAUCUGGAGACGAUCAACGUAUCGAGAAUCGCGCUGUGUUUAGCAUUCCAUCCAUGUUUCCUAAUCGAUUGUUCGGGAACGGAAACAUCGCCAAUCCUUUCAUCUUUAAUCCGAGGUCAUUGUUCGGUAAAAGUUCCAGUUCCGCGGUUUUCCCUUACGAUAGUUGUUCGUCCCCUAACGGAGUGAUGGGCAUUUGUGCUACUAGCGGAACGUGCAAUCAAAUCAGUGGCACGGCCAGCGGUUCUUGCGCAUUCGGCACUGUUUGCUGCAUUAAUAUCGCUACCAAUUGCGGUGGAACUGUCAGCCUCAACAACACCUACUGGCAAUCACCAACAACUGGCAUCAGCAGCUCGACAACCAGUUGCGCUUUAACAAUUAAAUUAGACACGAAAUUAACUGAACAGCCAAAGCCCAUUUGUCAAGUUCGGUUGAAUUUCGUGCAAUUUACCAUUGCCCAGCCAGACGCCCAGUCCUUGUGUACAAACGGAGAUUUCUUCGAUGUCGGAGGGCAAACCAACAAAGUGCCCACCCUUUGCGGAGAUAACGAAGGACAACACAUGUACCUGAACGUGCCAUCGUCUGCCACUAGUCCAACCGAUCUCGAAUUGGCUUUCACUUUCGGAGCUACAGGUGCUACCCGCGUAUGGAACAUUAUGAUUUCCAUGUUGCCUUGUGAAGCCAAUUACCUUGCCCCACCUGAUUGUCUUCAGUAUUUCCCCAGCCGUUCGGGAAGGGUAAGUUCUUUUAACUGGCGAGAUGUUGCUGGAAUGGGCACUCGUCAACUGGCCAAUCAAGAUUACAGCAUCUGUUUCCGGAGGACAUCUUCAAACACUGGUCGGUUAUGUUUCACGCCUUGCGUGACCGUUAAUCAGCUAGCGUUUGGUGUUAGCGUGGCUAACACAAUAGCCAAUGCACCCGCAAAACAGAUAGGUGUCAGCCAAGGAAUUUCCACCGAUUGCAACAACGAUUUCCUUGUUAUUCCGGGCGCAUUCGAUCCAGCAAGUCCAACCCUUCUUGUCGCUAACAUGGCGUUCGAUCGUUUCUGCGGAGAGAGGCUCAAUCCUCGACCUAAUAACGCUGCAUCGGUCACAGUUUGCACUAUGACGACUCCGUUUCGAAUCGCGUAUCAAACGAAUGGCGAUGAAACAACGACACCAAGUACCGAUCAGGUUGGCAAUGGAAACCGCGGAUUCUGCCUUAACUUCCAACAGUGAUCACUGGAAGACUGCAAAAUUAUUUGAU